ACCCUCCUUCUUCCUCCUCCUCCUCCUCCUCCGCGAUUCAAUGGCGGGCGACGAGAUUGGAGUCGCCAGGGAGAGCGAGUUAUUGGGCAGGUUCGUGCUAGCCAGCAUGCCGGAAUCGAGUUCGGAUCCUAGCAGCGGUAGGGGGAAGUCGUCCAAGAGGAAUCUCCCUUCCUGGAUGGGUUCGAGAGACGGGGAGGAAAAUCCGGGCAAGAAGAAGCAGCAGACCCAGAAAGGAUCGGAUUUCUCCAAACUUUUGGAUGGAGUGGUGUUUGUGCUUUCAGGGUUUGUGAACCCUGAAAGGAGCACGUUGCGCUCCCAAGCAUUGGCUAUGGGAGCCGAGUAUCGACCCGAUUGGGCAUCAGAUUGCACCCUUCUCGUUUGCGCUUUCGCCAAUACCCCCAAGUUUCGACAGGUCGAAUCGGACAAUGGAACCAUUGUCUCCAAGGAGUGGAUCAUAGAGUCUCACAGCCAAAGAAAACUUGUUGAUAUCGAGCCUUACCUUAUGCAUGUUGGAAAACCAUGGAGAAAAAAUGAGCUAGUUGAAUCCGAUGAAGAUAAGAAGAAGCCACAUAAAGAGCGCCACAAGCAAGUUGAGCGAUCUCAUAUCAAGGCAUCACCCUCUGCAGACAAAGAGGCAAGACAUCCAGACUCUGCUAGCAAACAAUUUUCUCCAACUAAAAUAAAACAAUGGGCAAUGGAUGAUUUGUGUCAGACAAUAUCAUGGUUAGAGAGCCAAGAAGAGAAGCCAGAACCAAAUGAAUUGAAGGCAAUUGCUGCUGAAGGGGUUAUCACUUGUUUGCAAGAUGCCAUAGAAUCUCUCAAGCAAGGAAAUGAUGUCAAGGGAGUGGCAGAGCAGUGGAGCUUUGUCCCCCGUGUCGUCCAUGAGCUGGUAGAACUAGAUGGAAGAAGAAAAGAUGACUCAUUAUCAAAAGAACAACUCUCCCAGCUAGCAAUCAAAUGCAAAAAGAUUUAUCAGAUUGAGUUUGCCCACAUGCAAGGCAAUGACAAGAAGCAUCAGAGUAAACCAAGACCAGAUGAUGCCCAGUAUGACAGUGAUGACACGAUUGAAAUGACAGAAGAAGAGAUUGAACUCGCCUGCAGACAACUCCCAGGGGGAUGCGGACGAUAGUGGUUAGCACUCCGAGUUAGGUCGUGCAUGUGUUUGAGAAUAUGCAAGAAGAAUACUGAAUAUCCAUCUCCCAGGGUUUAUCUGGGGCCUGGAUAGCUGCAGAUGUAACCUGAAAGCAAUAUGGUCUACCUGGAAUCAAAAUUGACCAUUUUCUUUGAAACUUAUGCCUUGAUGUCCAGUCUUAAUAGCUAACAUCUACCCUUUCUGAGAUAAUCUGCUCUUCUUAAGUAUGGAAUCUUAAUAUAAACUGGAGCAGGAGUUUACAACAGCAAA